AUUUUAUACAGUAACAUCCGCCGGAAGCGCUCAGACUUUUGUUUUGGAAAGCCGCUACCCAGCGGUCGCCAUUAUUCUUCCUGGCUUGACGUUACCGAUAAAGACGGUUAAAUAGUUUUCGACAUUAUAUUUCGGGGUAAACUGCGCUGUUGUUAGCCUGUUUGGCGCAGUCGGUUGAUUAGCGCAUGAAUUAGCGACACAUCCGGGGCAUAGAAUGGAGAGACGGUCUGAUACUACAGGUGCUGGAGGCGCUCUUCCCCUGGCGUCCCUUCGUUUGAUGGCUUCCCCUCUGCAGCUCACGUACUCCUACAUAUGGCAGGUCAUACGGCAGCGAAACGUGAAGCAGUACGGGAAGGUGGAGGAGUUUGUGACCAUGGUGACGCAAACAGUUCCUGAGCUCAUGAGCUUCAAGCAGACUGCCCAGCUCGUCUUGGGGUUGAGAGCGAGGAUCAUUUUGGAUUUACUUAACAAAGAGGGCCCACCAGAUUCCCGAGCUAUUCAAACCCUCAUAAAUAAGCUGAAGGUCUCUGCAUCCUCAGGGAAGGACUCAGAAGUGGAGAAAUCUCAAACUAAACUUCAUGGUGCUGGUCCAGAAUCUGCUCAAAAACCCUGCUGAGAGGAAGCGCUUCUUCCAGGAAGUGUUCCCGGUACAGUACGGCACAAAGUUUGACACAGCUCUGCAGGCUCUGACUGCAGGCCUGGUGUGCAAGCUGGAGCAGCUUCUUCCUGUUCCCAAUCUGUCCCAGCUUGGUACCAUGAUCUCAAGCGAGCCCAGUGUCCUGGAGGCGUGUGGAGGCUUUAUCCCGGACCCCGGGGACCUGAAGACUCUCCUCCUGCACCAGCAAGCCAAAGGACUCCUUGGUGUUAAAGCCACCAUCUCGUCAUCAGUGGGCGACUGUGUCCUGUCUUCGCUCGCCUUCCGGCCCAAACCAGCAGAGCCGCCACCGCCACCACCAGAAUCACCGAAACGAUUAGCGGUCACCCUCAUCGAAAAAAGCCCGGCCCCCCUCAGUGACACUGAAGACUUGGGAGUGAUGUCGGAGGACUCGGACAGCCCAGCAACCCCUGCUGCUAGACCACAGCGUAGAGGGCGAUACAGUGAUAAAACGGGCGAUGGCACCGCCCCAAAGGAAACGAGUGUCACAACAACAGCUCAGAGGGAGAAUCCAGUGCAGGAGAAGAGUUCUACACAGGAACAGUCUGCCACAGCUCUACAGAGUGGAGGAGAGGAUGAAGCAGCAGCACUAGAGAAACCAGAACCACAGCAGCUGCCCCUGAAAUCAAUCCCUUUCAGGGUAGUUCAGGUGCCGAUCAAAACUACCUCCACCUCACAGAACGCAGGAACUAAAGACGGCCAAAAGCCCCAGACUCAGCGGGUCACGCUGCAUCAGUGGGUGUCACAGAUCGCCACUAACUCGCUCUCUCUCCCAGCCUUACCGCCACUUCCUCCACCCAGGCUGAGUGCGUUGGACGACACGAAGCCAAGCAUAAGAAGAAAAAAGCAAAUUCGGCCGCCGGCUGACAGAUUCACGUGCAGCGUGUGCGACAAGAGCUUCCCUUACCAGUCCAAGCUGAUGGACCAUGAGCGUAUUCACACAGGAGAGAAGCCUUUCGUUUGCACGGCGUGCAACAAAAGUUUCCGCACACAGGCGUUCCUCAACAACCACCUGAAGACCCACAGCACGGCGCGUCCUUACGCCUGCGGCCAGUGCGGCAAGUGUUUCACCAAACUCCAGAGUCUGACGAAACACAUGCUCGCCCACAGCGGCCAGAAGCCCUUCUACUGCAACAUCUGCAACAAGGGCUUCACGCAGUCCACCUACUUCAAAAGACACAUGGAGUGCCACACGAGCCAGAUGACGUUCCCCUGCAAGCACUGCAGCAAGAGCUUCCCAACGGCUUUCAAGCUGUCAAACCACGAGCGCUGGCACACCAGAGAUCGCCCUCACAUGUGCGAGCGUUGCGGGAAGAGAUUCCUCGUCCCCAGUUUGCUGAAGAGACACAUGGGCUAUCACAUCGGCGACCGCCAGUAUCUCUGCUCCCAGUGCGGAAAGACCUUCGUCUAUUUGUCCGACCUGAAGAGACACCAGCAAGACCACGUGCCCAAAGCUAAGAUCCCGUGCCCGGUCUGCCAAAAGAAGUUCUCCAGUAAAUACUGCCUGAGGGUUCACCUGAGGAUCCACACGAGGGAGAGACCCUACCGAUGCUCCAUAUGCGACAAGAGCUUCACUCAGGUGGGGAAUCUGAAGGUUCACAUCAGGUUACACACCAACGAGCGGCCUUUCAGCUGCGACGUAUGCGGGAAGACCUACAAGCUGGCGUCCCAUCUGAACGUCCACAAAAGGACUCAUACGUGCAAGAAGCCCUGGACGUGCGACACGUGCGGGAAAGGAUUCUCCGUCCCCGGGCUCCUGAAGAAGCACGAGCAGUUACAUACGAGGGAGGCUAACCCCGACUUCUCCGGUAAACGGAGGCACAGGGGUAAGCACAAGAAGCACUCCCUCAAGAGGAAGUACGACGAGGACGACGAGGGCAGCGAUGAUUAUUAAUCAAAGAAAUACAUUUUGUAAUAAAUAGCCCUGAUCGGAGGUGAUGCUGAUCACUGAAGAAACUGUGUAAUUUUCAGAGUUUGACUCGUUUCCUUGUGGUGUGAUCAGGUCACCGUGAUGGUUUGAGUCAUGAAAACACAUUUUGAAUAAUGUGAUAAUAAUUUUUUCUGAUCAUUGAAUUUAAACCAGUCUGAGUUAUAAUUUGCAUUAUAAUGGAAAUUAGCUGGAGGAUCUCUGCUAACAAAGCCCAUUGUUUUAAUCGCUGUUGUUGUUCUUCAUGUGAUUAGGUGAUGUGAUGAAAUGAGGUUAGGUGAUGUUACCCAAAGCUGUCACAUUCUGAGAACAAUACGGUAGCAGUAGGACAUUUUGUUGCUGAUUGUCAGUAAUCAUUUUGAAAGUUGUAAAAAAUGUCUCUUGCUUUUCAAGAGGCCACCUUCAUGUAGGACAUCAUGUCAACAAUAAAAGCAUUUCAGAGCAUGUGUCUGUAGAUAUUCUGUCUGCUGUGAUAAAAUGUUGUAGUGUCAGUAGGAAACAUGUAACUUUGUUAUGGUAUCUUGUAGUAAUUCAAAACUAUUUUCACCACAUGCUGUUUUAUACAUAACCCUGAACUGUAAACAUCACAGCUACUCUGCUUUUGUUUUAGGUUUGAAAUAGACUGAUCUGUGUUCAUUAGGGUUUCACUCUUGUUUUCUAGUAGUAGAUACUGUUUUGUCGAAUUAACACGAGAAAACAAAGAGAAUUUAGAUUUGAGCAGGAGAAUCAUUUAACAUGAUGCAAAUGUGUGAUGAGACUGUGCUGGGAAUCUUUUCUUCACUAAUCCUAUUGUGAGCAGACUUGUAUAUAAGCCACAGAGUAAUGUACCUGUUCUCAAUAUAUUUUGUUUUUUGAUGUUUUACAGAAAAAUAAAUAGUCUUAGCAAAAAG